CCAGGCGCUGGCGCCGGGGCCGCGGGAGGAGGCGAGUGCGCUCCCUGCGGCGGGCGCGGCCCGGGCGCCCCGGCCUCCUCGGCCCCGGAGAGCGGCUGCGGCGGCGGCCUCCCUGGCACGGCAACACUGAGGGCUCCGCUGUCUCCAGAGGCCGCCCACCACCCUUCCUUGGGACCACUGUCUGAGCCUCAUCAGCAAACUGGACGGGAGGCCCCACGGUUAAGGAGUUUGCCCCAGGAGUCCAUGCAAAGGUGAAACCAAGGGCAAACAUGGGUCAGAAGGUCACUGGAGGGAUCAAGACCGUGGACAUGAGGGACCCCACGUACCGGCCCCUGAAGCAGGAGCUCCAGGGUCUGGACUACUGCAAGCCCACCCGCCUAGACCUGCUGCUGGACAUGCCCCCCGUGUCCUACGACGUCCAGCUGCUCCACUCGUGGAACAACAAUGACCGAUCGCUCAACGUCUUUGUGAAGGAGGACGACAAGCUGAUCUUUCACCGGCAUCCGGUGGCCCAGAGCACGGACGCCAUCAGGGGCAAGGUCGGGUACACACGCGGGCUGCACGUGUGGCAGAUCACGUGGGCCAUGAGGCAGCGGGGCACACACGCUGUGGUGGGGGUGGCGACAGCAGAUGCCCCCCUGCACUCCGUGGGGUACACGACCCUCGUGGGGAAUAACCACGAGUCCUGGGGCUGGGACUUGGGGCGCAACCGGCUCUAUCACGAUGGCAAAAACCAACCGAGCAAAACUUACCCGGCCUUUUUGGAGCCGGAUGAAACAUUUAUUGUCCCUGACUCAUUCCUCGUGGCCCUGGACAUGGAUGAUGGCACCCUGAGCUUCAUUGUGGACGGACAGUACAUGGGAGUGGCUUUUCGAGGACUCAAGGGCAAAAAACUGUAUCCUGUAGUGAGUGCCGUGUGGGGCCACUGUGAGAUCCGCAUGCGCUACUUGAAUGGACUCGAUCCCGAGCCCCUGCCACUCAUGGAUCUGUGCCGCCGCUCGGUGCGCCUGGCCCUGGGGAAGGAGCGUCUGGCUGACAUCCACACGCUACCACUGCCGGCCUCCCUCAAGGCCUACCUCCUCUACCAGUGAUGCUCCACCCCUGCACCGCCGGCACGCCAGCCACCCGGUGCCACCAUGCCGGCCUGCCGCCGUGCCCCGCACCUCGGAGCGGCCCCUGGCCCCCUGUCCAUCCGCCCCUGCUGCCCCUGCUGGCUCCCGACAGCUCGACACAGGCUCCUCCAUUCCCCGUCCUGACCUUGGCAGAAGCCCCCUGCACGCCGUUUCCACAGUCCCUCUGUGGAAGAAGACCCAGACAACAGACUCCUAGGAAGGCCUCCACGGAGCUCCAGCCCACCCUCGGGGUGGCACGAGGAUCUCCAUGCCCCCUGCCCUCACCUGGCAGGGCCCAGGAGGAGGCACCCCGGCCUCCUCCAAGAGCAGAUCCCAGGGCCACUAAGAGGUGCUCGGAUGAGGGCUGGUGCUGAGGCCAGCGGGGCCACGCCGCAGCAGACCACACUCAGGACGUCGGAAGCUCUUCACGGACACUGAGGCAGAAGCCAAAAUGGGACCUUCCACAGGCACACAA